UUUUGAAGAAAAAAUAGAAACAUAUCAAUAAAGUGUCAUAAUUGAACAUACGUAUUUCUACUAUUGAGACUUAAAAUGUAUGAAUGUCAUUGCGAUCUAAUGUGAACCAAUCUCCAUAGCAGCUUGGACGAAUAACUGAUUAACAGUCAUGAGAUGCUUUUUCAGAGACAUUAAAAAUUGCUUAAUUUCAUUGAAAUGAACUUAAAAUAAAUGAAAAAGUGACAUCCAUGUUGUGUCAGUUUGUUUGAGAUCUCUAACUGAUGAGAUGUGUGCUCCUGUGCACACUGACUUCUGUGCUGACUGUCACAGUUAACGCUAUAUCGGCCUGUCAGAAACGGGAUACCACAAAACAGAGAUUGAUGUAAUCUGGCUUGAAGUGUGGACACAAUGAAAACCCAAAGUCUUCCAAGAAACCGAAGGAUGACACAUUACAUUUGCAACUGGACGUUUACGGAUGUGGUGUAUUUUGAUGCUAGCCUUUCCAAUACGUUUCUGUUGCAUCGAGCCAUUCUUGCCAUCUAAAUUAAAAACAUGUCAUACAAUUGUAAUCUAUAAUUUUGAGGUCAAUUGUAACUGUGGCAUGAUAUUUGAGAAUGAUCAAUAUCCAAGAACUGUAACUUUAUCCUCUAAUAUCUGUGACAGCAGAUCUGUUAGGAUCUGUAAUAUUUCUAAACUGAUACGGAAUAAAACUGAGAUUAUACGAUUUUUUAGAAUAUCUUGAAAUAACUGAAAAGAACCAGUUUCAUAGGGGAGUUAUCAAUAAGAAUGCCAGUUAGCAGUGUUCGGUUAGCGUUGUCUGACAAUCUUGUACGACAUAUAUCACAGACACGUUGUAAAUCAUAGCGAGGGGAAAGGGUUUGAAAUCAUCAAUUUCUGUUCAUCAAAGUGUUAUAAAAGUGGACAAUUAGGAGAUCUCAAUGGAACACCUGCGUAGGGGAACAGGAUUGCUAAAUCAUCUUAGCACUGCUGUUUGGAGAAUGCUUAUGUGCCAUAGGCUGGUGUAAGGAAUAUCAAUGUGGCUUGAUGAGUCAUCUAUUUUCUAAAAUGUUCUUGGUGGUGAUGCAUCUGUGGUGGUAUGUGCAGCCAUCUCAUAGGAGCCACAAGGCCUCACGUUUGCUCUGCAUAGCUGCAUGAGCUAAAGACUUUAAAGCCAUUUUACAGAACCAGAAGCCACGAUUUCUCUGUCACAGUAUUGAUUUACCCAAGAUUUAGAUGCAUAAUCCUAAAAAAACAGCGCAUUUCUAUGGGGUGUCAUCUUGUGGUUGAUAUACAUGUCAUUAACACCUCUAAAACAAGAAGAAUCCCUUACUGCAUUCAAUCAAUGCUUGAUAUUCAUAUUUUGUUUUUAUUUGCACUCUGUAGAUAUCUUCGAGCUUAUUGCUUUUUAAGCACAUUCACACAAAGGGUUGUCAGAUUCAUAGUUUGCACUCUGAGUUACAUCAUUUGAUGACAUGAGAUAUGCCAUCAAAUGGGGAUGUAAUGUGGCAACCCAGUGAGAAGUGUAUUUAUUCUGUGACUGAAGGCAGCUUUGAGGAAAUGUCGGCAGAGGCCUCCUUCAGUUUUUUCUCCUUUAUGCCAAAACUUCAUCUCCCUCUGGUGGUAAUACACAGUAGUGUCUGCUUUGAUUCAGAUGGAUGAGGACCUAAUAACAGUAAAUCUGCUUGAUUGGUUGAUCUCGUCUUUAUUUAUUUGGUUGUUUUUGUUUUAAACACAAAGUUAAAAUGAACUGAAAUAAAUUAUAAGUAUUACUAGCAUUGAGAAAGUGCUAUGCAAUGUGACACAACCCUGUGAUUCCAUCUAAUAUUUUGAAUACAAAAACCAAAGGCCAAAAUGCAAGGGGCCAAUUUUGUUGUUUUUUCUCCCUGUAAAUCACAAAGUCAUGGUCAACAGGUUUAUCUUUUAAGCGGAAUAGCUUGAAUCACAUUAUAUUCACAGCAUUUUACUAGAAUAUUUCCAUUGGAUCUAACGCCCAUUUUGCAUGUUUGCGAUUUAUGAGGUUAUCAUAAGUUUGCAACUUUAAUUUUAUUGUCAACUUGAUUUCCAAGAUGGGUAUAUCUUAUACUGUGCAGGUUCCUUUAACAUGACUAUAAGCACAUUCUUAAAUUGAAAAUGAAAAACGAUUUCAACUGAUCCAUGUAUAAGUAAUUAAGCACAUAAUUUAACAAAAUUUGUGAUUAAACGUAGUAAUCAGACAAUAAAUGUUUUUUUCUACAGCUGUCAGUUCCACCGUUUUUAUUUUGUCUUUAAGUGUUUUUAUUUUGUGAUACACAUUCAAGUCAAAUUACAUUUAAGUUAAUGAGGAAGAGCGAGGGACCUCUGUCAGUCAGACCACCAUGCUUGUUAGAGAGGGUGACACCAUGCAGUGCCAGGCAGAGGUGACAUUUGAUAGUGAGGUUGAAGGUUGUCUUGCCUCAUAGCUAAAAUGGAGGGAAAGGACCGGGAGGGGUUGGAGGGAUCUGGCAGAGAUUGAAUUUCAACAGGACAGCAUUCCCAAAAAAAUUUCAAGACAGACAACGUGAGGCAGCAAGGGACGGGAUAAGAUCAUGGAUGAUCCCUGAGCUAACAACUGGAAGUGUAUUUGGUGUACAACCUGGUCAGAGAGUUUAGCUGCCAGUGGACCGAAAGUCGCAGCCAAACAAGGACUUUGUUUGUAUGACAGACGAACAUGAUGACAGAGAGAAACACAGACAACCUGAUGAGCCACAGGAGACCAACAAUGUGAUUUUUCAUCCUGCCUGUCUGUCAGCAGCUGUUUUACACUUAGUGAGUAAAUGCUUUCAUCUGGCUAACUGGAAACUAACAUUGCUUGUUCUUUGCCAUUUUUUUUUAUCCACAGUUCACCUUUUGAUUUCAAUUUAAUUACUAACAUUUAAAGGAAAGUUUUGCAACUUUUUUGGUGAAUGUGUAUGUUUAACUGCGAUUAAAUAUGUCAUGGAGAAUGUUUGUACAAACAGACCCUGCUACAGUAUCUACCUUAUAGCCAUAUGGUUCUAAUACUAUCUAUUAAAGCCAAUCAAUUGAAAUUGAAAUCCACUGAUGGAACUAUCACUCUGGUUUCAGACAGGGUUUGCUUUUAAGUCCAGUUGUCCUACGAAUCCUCAGGAGAGUGGUUUGCAGCGCUCCCUGGCCUGCGAUACACACAGGAAUGGACAGCAUUGACACACAGGAAGACGAAAGAGGAGGCAGAGGGAAGGAGAGCGACGGAGAGAGCGGUAAACUGCUGACCAACCAUCUCAACUGUGAGGAAAAAGGAGAGAAGGAGACCAAAGGGAACGAGACUGAGAAGAAGAAGGAGGGCCGGCGUUCUGGGUCUCUAUGGAGGAGUGGAUGGGCGCUGAGUGAGAGACUGGCCAUCAAUGUCUCAGGGAUGCGAUAUGAAACUCAGCUUCGCACCUUAGCCCAAUUCCCUGACUCGUUGCUCGGUGACCCCAGGCGCAGGUUACGCUACUUUGACCCACUUCGAAACGAGCUCUUCCUGGACCGAAACCGUGCCUGCUUUGAUGCCAUUCUGUAUUUUUACCAGUCGGGCGGGAGGCUUCGGAGGCCCACAAACAUACCCCUGGACAUCUUCAUGGAUGAGCUGAUGUUCUACGAGCUGGGAGAGGACGUUGUGAACCGCUUUAAGGAGGACGAAGGUUUUCCAAAAGAGGAAGAGAGGCCGCUUCCAUCCAACGAGAUCCAGAAAAGACUGUGGGUGCUGUUUGAGCACCCCGAGUCCUCAUCGAGCGCACGUAUCAUAGCCAUCAUCAGUGUGAUGGUCAUUGUGGUGUCCAUCCUCAUCUUCUGCCUGGAGACACUGCCCGACUUCAGGAAUGACAAGGAGGCACGGGAGGAAUAUUUUUACAAGUACCACUCCCAAGCAAAGAACGUGUCUGAGAACAUGCCUCUGCCACAAAGUGCUUUCCAUGACCCCUUCUUCCUGGUGGAGACCAUCUGUAUAUGCUGGUUCUCCUUUGAGCUCCUCGUGCGCUUCACUUGCUCUCCCAGCAAGAUGCACUUCUUCAAGGAUGUCAUGAACAUCAUCGAUUUCAGUGCCAUCCUGCCCUAUUUUGUCACUCUGGGAACAGAGCUGGCCAAGGACAAUGAUGACUCUCCAGCCACAUCUUUGGCCAUCAUCAGAGUCAUCAGGUUAGUGAGGGUGUUCAGGAUCUUCAAGUUGUCUCGUCACUCUAAGGGCCUCCAGAUCCUUGGUCAAACACUGAAGGCCAGCAUGCGCGAGCUGGGCCUGCUCAUCUUCUUCCUGUUUAUUGGCGUCAUCCUCUUCUCCAGUGCCAUCUACUUUGCUGAGGCUGACCACACCAACACAGAUUUUAUCAGUAUACCACAUGCCUUCUGGUGGGCAGUUGUCACCAUGACCACAGUGGGCUAUGGUGACAUGUACCCAGAGACAGUGUGGGGUAAGUUGGUGGGCUCAAUGUGCGCCAUUGCCGGUGUGCUCACCAUCUCGCUGCCAGUGCCCGUCAUAGUGUCCAACUUUAGCUACUUCUACCAUCGAGAGACUGAAUGUGUGGAUCAUAACGAGUACACUCACAUCCAGAUGAGUCUGCGGGAGGACGAGGGGCCAGAAGGGCAGGAAAUAGAGGAAGGGGAUGGAGACGCAGAGGCAGAUUAUUAUGCCAUUGAAGGCAGCUGCAACCCUUUGAAUGGGACUCUGUUGGAUGGAGUGUGCACAGGGCAGAGCACAGAGUUCAGAGGAGGUAACACGUAUCUGAGUGAAUCACUGGUUACUCAAGUGUAGGGUGGGUAAGCAUUGUUUUGUACCAUUUGACAAAGACAUUAAAAAAUG